CACUCACUUCAUCAAUGCUGCAGACUGUUGCUGCCCGCCGAUUGUCGACGCUCGCCUCGCGAUCGCUCGUCUCCGCCUCCGCCCCAGCGUCCAGCGCACCCGGCUCGUCCUCGUCCUCGUCCUCGUCCUCUGUCCCGGAGGACGUCAAGGCGCACGUCGCGUUCGGCAAGGGCACGACCGAGAUCCAGCGCACAAAGUUCAAGGCGCAGACCGGCCUCAUGCUGCCGCCCAAGUCGUUCGAAGGCAAGACCGUCUUCAUCACCGGCGGCGGCACGGGCCUCGGCAAGGGCAUGGCAACCACCCUCGCUGCCCUCGGUGCCAACGUGGCCAUCGCAUCGCGCAAGAUGGACGUGCUCAAGGAGGCCGCGCUCGAUAUCGAGGCGCGCGCCGGCAACGGUGCCAAGAUUCUGACCAUCGCCGCCGACGUCCGCCAGCCCGAGCAUGUGAGCAACGCCCUGGACGAGGUGACGCGCGUGUUCGGCUUGCCGAACAUUGUCAUCAACAACGCCGCUGGUAACUUUAUCUCGCCCACGGAGCGCCUCUCGGCGAACGCCUUCAAGACUGUCGUCGACAUUGUUCUGAACGGCACCGCGUGCGUCACCCUCGAGGCUGGCAAGCGCAUGAUUGCCAAGAGCAGCGGUGGUGUCUUUUUGAACAUUUCCACCACCUACGCCAAGUCGGGAUCCGGCUUUGUCGUCCCCUCCGCCGCCGCCAAGGCUGGUGUCGAGGCGCUCACCAAGUCGCUUGCCGCAGAGUGGGCCCGCCAUGGCAUCCGCUUGAACGCCAUUGCUCCCGGACCCAUCGAGACUGAGGGUGCCUUCUCGCGCCUCGACCCCACCGGCGAGUUUAGCAAGUACAUGCUCAAGCGCGUCGCUGCAGGCCGUCUCGGCGAGAUUGGCGAGCUGGCCAACCUUGCCUCCUACCUUGUUUCCGACUACUCGUCCUGGAUUACCGGCGAUAUCAUUACCUUUGACGGUGGCGAGACCCCGCUGAUUUCCGGCGAGUUCAACCCUCUCCUGAGCGUCACCAAGGACCAAUGGGACGUCAUGGAAAGCCUUAUCCGAACCACCAACAAGAAGUAAAAUAAAACGGGGAAAGGGGUGCUUUUGAGGCUCUUGAACCAAAGAAGAAGAAGAAGAAAAAUGAUCAAAACCGAAAGAAUAAAAACCGAUUACUUGCUGCA